AUGAUUCGCAUCAUGAACAAGAUCUGGGUGCAGGAAGGAUUAGACAUGCGGAUGGUGAUCUUUCGCUGCUUUUCCACAGGACAUGAGCGGGGUAAGUGCAAACUAUUUAAUCAUUGCUUUAAAUUUCCUUGUCACUCCCACAAACGUCAACUUGUCUUUGAAUCAGAGCACCAAGUGUUACUACUUGUCCACAUCUCAAAACAUUUCAAGUAGGUUCUGAGGGGGCGGAGCUAACGCAUGCAACUGAACAGUCGCCAUUUCUCUGAGAUCCUCACGGGCCCAACAAAAUCUGCCUAAUAUCUCAUUCCCAACUCGCCAUCCAACCUCGAAACCACGAAAACUGGACACAGGUUACUGAGCCGCAUCGACAGAUGCCCUUUCAAUACACCCCGGGGAAAAACAAGCCGAGGCGCAGAUCUGGGGCCUACCGCUACCCGAAGCCUCAAGGCCUAGACUCACUCCUCGAUUCCCUCAUCGGAGCGCACAGCUCAAACAUCCCGGAGCAGCCCUGGUCACCCCCGCUGCCCGACACCCCGACUAUGAAACGCCGAACACAGAAACCCGACAGGGACAUAGGGGCUAUGCUCCAGAGACCCGCGGCCUCGAAGACGCCAACAGCAGAGGCCGACCACGCCACAGAGGUCCCACAAUCGGGGACAGAGAACGGGGACGUGGAACUCGGGCAAACACCCCACCAAGAGCCAUCCCUAAGCUUACUGCAGGCUGACAGCAUGGCACCGACCACCAAAGGUGACCUCAAACUACUCCUUGCAGACCUCCACAAAAUGAUGGCAGCCGACCUCGCACGAGUACGCACGGAAAUUCAUGCAAACACAGACCGCAUUAAGGCCGUGGAGGAAAACAUCCGGCAUGUGCAGACUGAGAUGGCCCAUCUCAAGAACCCGAUACAGCAGCUCAAUACUCACCACCAGGCACUGGCGCAACGGCUGACAACCCUCGAGGAUCAACUAAGGAGAAACAACAUUAAAAUACGAGGCAUACCAGCGGCAGUAAGUGCUGAAGAACUCCCGCAUUAUAUCCGGAGGCUGUUGGCCGCCUUACUCCCACCAGCGGUGGCCAAAAAAGUCACACUCGAUGGCAUAUUCCGACUCACCAGCAUGGCCAAGCUCUCCACCCCUGGGCCACGGGACGUAAUCGUCCUCUGCGAAGGACAAAAGCCACAUUAUGGCGGCAACACGUGGUAAAACACCACUACAGUUUGAGAACUCCUCUCUAAAUUUCUUCCACGACUUAACUAGGGCAACGCUGCAGUGGCGCAGACAAAUGGGCCCCAUCACGACUCACCUCCGGUCCAAAGGAGUGCCAUACCGCUGGGGAACGCAAGGCACCUUGCUCGUACCCCGGAAAGGAAUGACCCCCCCCCCCCCUGGUUACAGGGUAACACACCCGGAUAACCCCGAAGCUCACAACCACUCAAGCAAGCAACAGCCAUCUAUCACAACAUACCCACCGGUAAAUCUAGGGCAUCACCACACAAAUAGCGGCAAGUCGUACUCUCCCCCACAAACCCCCAUGCACACAGCCACCACACUACACAAUGCGCACCUGGAUCUACCCUCUAGGGCAAUGCACCCCAAGGGGGAGAUCAUACCCCCUGCCGACUUGGCCAGACCGUACUCACGGUACCCUACGCCCCGUAGCAGUGCCGCAAUGUGGCAGAGGGCACAUAAGAAUGGAGGAGACAAGCUUUCUCACAAAUGCAUGCACCACAAAACGAAGGUGACAUAGUUGUAAAUUGGCCCAGUGUUUGCCUAUACUUUACUAUUGUUUCUUGUUUUUAUUGUUUAGACAGCUGCCUAGACACGUUAAUUAUGUCUCCCAUGCCCUCCACCAGGUCAUUGCAGCCACAACGAGAGGCCAGCUUUUGUGGUUAACCUAAUACGCUACCUACUGCGCUAAAGCACCAGCCCAUUGCCCACCCACUGACAGAGAUAGGUUAAGCAAGGGGCUAGCUGCCUAAUACAGUGAGCAGGAACAGUCUUGUCUUGUGAUUGAUUGAUGUGCUGUCACACCACUGGCUAUCAUCUUGUUCCCUUUGAUAACCCCCAUAUAAAAAUGUGCAUCGAUUUCAUAUGCCACCUAUGCAACUGUUAUACUUUGUCAACCUCAAUGCAUGUCAUGGCUGUUGGGGCAUGACUUGAAUGCUUGUUGAAUUAACUCAUGCACGAAAAAAUAAAGAAUUUAAAAAAAAAAAACAUUUCAAGUAGCCAGAGAGCUGAAAUGACUGGUGGGUUUUCUACUUGGUGGGCUUUUCUGUGAAUUUUAGGUGACUUCAUGAUAAUUAUGUAACUAUAGAUGUGGAUUUAGAAGAAUACCAGUAUUUCAGUGCACAAACUGCUAUCUAAACUCCUACCAUUACCAUUUUUGUAAUUUAAUGACAAUAUACGCUCUGAUUUUGAUUGCUGUGUUGCUCCAGAGCACAUUAAUACACUCUAACCUUUCUGAGUCCUUAGAAAAGAGGGAUAGGAGGAUUUGAGUUCCAUAGACAAACUCUCUCACUUAACGAGAUGUAUACAUGAGAGGUCUGUGUGUCAGUGCACUUUUACCAACUGAGAACUCCCUCGUUUUGUAUCACGCUUUGAUCUAAUAUGUUUUAGUUUAAAAGGUAAUGAAUUACAAAAAAAGCAUAGUUCAUAUUUUUUAGAUCAAAAGGGAUGCGAUCAGGUGUAAUAUUAAAUAAUCCCAUUAUAAUUGGUCAAGCUAUAGAUGUGAUUGUGCAUUAAGGCAACUACCUUUAGAGUGGUUUAUGUGUCUGGAGUUUGGAAGGACAAGGGGUAAGUAAAUAAAUGUGAUCAGCUAUUUAUUUUCUUAUUUUUACUCCCUCGGCGCUGGGACUCUCCUCCCUCUUCUUCCAUCAUUGACUGAAUGCGCAUGUGCGGCAAGAGCCACGCGUGCAUUCAGCCAGUCUCAUAGGAAAGCAUUCUCAAUGCUUUCCUAUGGAUGCUGGUGUCUUCUCACUGUGAUUUUCACAGUGAGAAGCGCGGAAACGCUUCUAGCUGCUGUCAAUGAGACAGCCACUAGAGGCUGGAUUAACCCAUAGGUAAACAUAGCAGUUUCUCAGAAAAAGGGUUAAACCUAGAUGGACCUGGCACCCAAACCACUUCAUUAAGCUGAAGUGGUCUGGGUGCCUAUAGUGGUCCUUUAAGUUGGGUACUGAUCCCUAGACCUAGGAAGUUAUCAAAGACUAGUGACAAGCUAAAUAUACCUUUUUCGGUUACUAAUUCUUUGAUAUUAAUUGUAUUUUGCAGGGAUGGUGGAAAUGAUUCCUAAAGCUGAGACCCUAAGGAAAAUCCAAGUUGAACAUGGAGUCACUGGCUCAUUUAAAGAUCGUCCCUUGGCAGACUGGCUUAAAAAGCACAACCCUACAGAGGAGGAGUAUGAAAAGGUGAGGGUGGUAAUCUAUUUCACUGAAUAUGGCAUCUUCAUUUAGUAAUUGAUAUUCAUUUUUAGUUGAUCAAUGUGGUUUCCCAGUGGGCAAUGUACUUGUUUUGUUAUUUUUACCAAGUAGGAUUUGUUACCAUGAUGUACGUUGAAAAUAUUAUUUAUAUUAACAUCAGAGAGAUAUUUAUUAGUGUGAAAUGUAAAGACAUACACCUUUCAGAAGGAGAAAUCAAUUUGGGAGUAGAAUACAGAAUUACAAUACCGUAUAAUGGAAUUCUAGUUCAGGAAUGGUUAAAAGGUUCAUUCCCAGCCUUUUCAGAACUCCAAUUCAGAUGAUGCUUUGUCACCUUAAGGUAUUGUAAUCCUGCAUAUCCUCUUGAUUUUGACCGUGCCUGGUCAGGGGAGCACUGUGAAGUUGAGACAGGCUCCCUAGACUACAGCAUGAAGUUGUAGUGGGUUAGAGCACUGAUUCUUUUAUUGUCAAUCCUCUACCAGCAUAAAGCAGGUUUCACUGUUCCUGUGCCAGGAAGUAUUCUCCUCUCUAGCAACUCAGCAUAUGGCUGACUUCUACUCUCGAAUACCUGCACUUCAACGUGUGAGACAUCAUGGGCGAGAAUAAUAAAACUUGACAUAAAAGUCAAAUAUAAUAUACUAAUGCUAAGAAGGUGCCCUUGUCUGGUUUGAAAUCAUAUACCUGUAGUCAGAUACUUGCUGGCCUUGUAUAUAAUGGUCAAUAAAUAUAAUAUAGUACAUCUAUAUAUAAAAUGCUAUACUGUGUUGGGGGCUGUCGGCAGCUGUGAGCUUUGAACCAUUAAGUUGCUAAUGCAUAAAUAUAUGAUUUCAAAGCAGCGGAAUGGUGUGUAUGUUACAAGCAUAAACUUUGAUCUAAAGCGGUGAAGGGGCUUAAUAAUGGGUUACAUGUGAUGUGGUAUAGUAUACAGUCUAAUGCACAUUAUUUCUUUAAACAGGCAGUGGAAAACUUCAUCUAUUCAUGUGCUGGGUGUUGUGUUGCAACAUAUGUGCUUGGCAUCUGUGAUCGGCACAAUGACAAUAUCAUGCUUAAGACCAGCGGACACAUGUUUCACAUUGACUUUGGACGCUUUCUUGGUCAUGCACAGAUGUUUGGGAAUAUAAAACGGUAAGAAUAUCUUUGACAACAAAUUGACCUGUUGUGUGAUUUUAAUACAAUCUUAGUCAAAUAAAAAAAAAAAUACUAGUAUUACCUACCUGAGUGGAGGUGUCUGUUUUGUUACAUUGUUAAAAUAACACACUUUAAAAGAUUAAACUUUUCAUAUAUCAUGGUUAAUCGUCAUGCGAUUAUGUUCAAUUAAUUGGGUUAUUCUAAUUAUAUAUAAUCUAGUGCUGAGAUGUCAUGCUUUGACCUGUUGGUCAGAUCCUUUUUAUGUAAUGGAAAAGGAGCAUUCUUCAGACAGGUUGUGUCUUUAUAAAACAGACUUGUAAUUGCAAGCAGUGGUGGAUGUGUCCCCAGUGGCGGAAUAGGUGGCAGAAAUGAAUUACCAUAUAAUAGAAUGCCUCAAAAUUGUGUAGAUCUUGUCCGAUUUCUCUCCAUACUCUGAAGCUGUGACAAGCUGCUGUAUCUGGCAAAAACAAAAAUGAAAGACAUCUGUUUUGCUCUAUCUACUUUCAAUCUCAUACCUCCACUGCUGUGAUCGCUUCUCUCUUGUUUCUUACUUUGAUCUUUCUUUUCCUUUUUUAUUUUUUUAACACACAAUUUCUGCAUUCCUUCUUCUGAUUAUGGCUUUAUAUCUGCUUAUUCCACCUGUUACCAUUUUUAUGACUUUCAAUCACAGUGUUGGCAGUAGGCUAUGCGCCCCUUGCUAGUCGAAUAUCUUGUGCUUGUCUUCCCCCUUGAAAACUGUUAGGGAGCGUGUUAAACACCAGCGGUAUGGUAUCCUGUGUUUCCUGAGGAGAAAUGUGAAUGGCUUGAAGGACUGCCGCCAGGUUAGCGUGCUGCCUGAGAAGUCUGCGAGGAAUGAAAGCGGCAUAGGUUCAAACGAGUAUGGUGUAUGGUCUUUAACUGCUUCCAGUGUUUCUGCUUUGUCCCUCCACUUCUGGAAGCUGAUUAUGAGGUCUCGAGGGGCCGUAGUAGGUGCCUUUGCCGGCUUUGGGGCCCCAAAGAUGCUGUUCAGCUCUAUGGCUUUCGCCUCUCGUGGUGGUAACAGCACUGCCAGGAGCGCUCGCACAAGAUGCGGUAAUUCGGCUGUUGGCGUAUCUUCUGAUAUGCCCCGUAGGUUAUUUGAGUUGCGUGUGUCCUCCAGGACUGCAAAUCUUCGGUCGUAUUCUUCGUUGCAGAUCCACAGUCUCUGGAUCUCCUGCUGUAUGGAAGUGAUGUGGCGUCGGAUGUAUUCUCCAAAGUGCCCAGACGUGCUGUCAGCCCUUGGAUGUCUGAUCGGAGGCCUGCCACAUCUGUUUGGAUGGUCGACUGGAGAUCUGCCAGUAAUUGCUUGAGCACCUCUGUUGUCACUGGUGCUGAAUCUGAGCUCUGGGGUUUUGGUGCCGGUGCUGACCUGGCCGGCAGAGCGGGUAUUUCCUUACCUAGGGAAAAAACGUCCGAGAUGUCAGAGUGCGUCUUCGGGUAGUCGGCCAUAUUGCGCCUAACAGCUCCCUGUGCCUUUCUCAGCAAGUCUGCUAUGUCCAGGCCUUGCGGGUUUCUGCUUUUUAGUAUUCCGACCCAUGCCGGUUUACCCACUCUUAAUUUGCAGCUGUUUGUGUGGGUUUGUGUUGCCCAAAAUGGUACUUAAUGGUGUGAAAUCACUGGAGCCCCGAUGCCAUGCGACUGUUUAGCUCCGUGGUUAGGCCCCAGCUUGACUAUUUUAACCUCUAUUUUGUCAUUCAGAUUUCAAUUUUACAAAAAAAUUUUUAUUUUUUUUCAAUUAACACCAUUAAAUAAAAUGUAAUGCAUUUUUAUAGGCUUGUAUCAAGUAACCAAUGUAAUCUAUUUUAUUUGUUAACCUAACAAUAUAUAUUAUUUUAGUUGUAUAAAUGUUUACUCCCCUGCUUACUUCAAUUACAUGUCUACAUGUACCUUUUCCUUCUGUAGUGACCGCGCUCCCUUCGUCUUCACAUCAGAUAUGGCCUAUGUUAUUAAUGGAGGAGACAAGACGUCCAGCCGUUUCCAUGAUUUUGUGGAUUUGUGUUGCCAAGCAUACAACCUUAUCCGCAAGCACACUCACCUCUUCCUUAAUCUCCUAGGGCUGGUGAGUGAGUCAUAGAACUUUAGUUGGGCAGAAAGGCUUGUUUAUCUCUACUGUUUUUGUAAUGAAAAUAAUUUUUUUACUAAUUUUGUAAGCAUUGUAACGUGUAAACAUUUGUCAGAAUGGCUGUUAAUUUGAAAUCUUCCCCAUGUUUUUAUUUAAGGCCACUUAGAGUUAAAAUAUGGCACAAUUACUUAAAAAAGAUGGCUUUUACAAAUUUACAUAGUCAGCAGGAAAAACACAGGUAAAGAUAUUAAUUGCAUACAUUAUUUUCCCUUAAUUGAGAGAAGAGGGGUAUUUGAUAUAAUUAUAUGCAAAAAUCUACAUAAAACUCUGUAUUUAGAUCUCUAGAAAAUGCUAGAGCUAAAUGUGACAUGGCUCUUAACACAUGUAUAUUAUAUCAUAUCAGUAACAUUAAAAAAUAAACGUAAUCAGGACAGAUGGACUACAUGUGUGGUUCACAUCUGCACAGUGGCCUACUGUGUUAAAAUGUGGUCAUUAGGAUAGAUGAAAAAUUAUGUUUUUUGAUUCCAAUAAUUCUUAUGACGUAUGCUGAUAUGACCGUAUUAGUACUGUUCUUCUAUGUUUGUCUUAUUUUAGAUGCUUUCAUGUGGCAUUCCAGAACUGUCAGAGUUGCAGGAUCUUAAAUAUGUAUAUGAUGCACUGCGUCCUCAAGAUUCAGAGUCUGAUGCCACCACUUAUUUCACAAGGUAAUCAGAGCAGUCUGUGGAAAUUCCUUCUAAAUGAUCAAUAAAAAAAAUACAUAUAUAAUGUGAUGUCAUAAACAGUAUCCUAAUCUUAUUCAUAUGUUUUGGGAUAUUUUAGCUACGGGUUAGCUAACCUGCCAUAAUAGACCUUCUCUUUAUUUUCCUUCCUACAGACUCAUAGAGUCCAGUCUUGGUUCCGUGGCCACCAAAUUGAACUUUUUCAUCCACAAUCUAGCCCAGCUCAAGUUCAGCAGCUCAGAUGAGCGUUUUGCUCUUUCUUUUGCUCCAAAGACAUACACAAUAAAGACAGAUGGGAAGAUCUGUGAUGUCUUCUUGACCAGAUACAAGAAAAUAUUUACUCCCAACAAAGGAUACGUGAGUAAUUAUUCUGCGUUCUUUGUCUACAGUAGAGUUUCUUCAAUUUCUGCCUCUUACUUGUUUGGUUGAGGUUUCUAGGAUCUUUUCACAUAAGUAAAGUUGUAAUCAUGAAAUAAGUAGAUAUGCUUGAAAAAAAAACUUAUAAUUGGGAGAAAACAUUGGGUAUUUUGAGUACUUGAGGUCACUCAUAGAAAAUAUACAUACACACCAGUUUUGAGUAUAAUUAACCAAUCAUUAUCAGAAUAGAAUGUUCUGUGCUGAAAUUGGUUGUCCAUCUUCGCACACAAGCCCAUCUAGAAGCAAUGAUACCUUCAACAGAAGACUCAUCUGUGCUGCUAUGGAAUGUUCUCCACCUUUCUCAAUGUAUAUUUAAGACUAAGUAUACUUAACUAUACAUCUCUAUAAUUAUAACUUUAAUAUUUAUAUGUAUAGUAUAUAUAGUUAAAAUUAUAAUUGUAGAGAUGUGUAGUUAAUAUAUAUAUAUAUAUUAAUGUGUGUAUGUGUGUGUGUAUAUAUAUAAAUAUAGUUAUAAUUAUAGAGAUGUUUAAUUAUAUUAAGAUAUUACAUAUUUUAAUCACACCAAUCCACAUUUCUAUGUAAGGGUUUUAUUUUGUCUGCAUGAUGCAUAGGAAAUAUUAUGUGGCAUUUGGUCUUAAUAAUAGAUUACCCAAUAUAACAUGCUAUGCUGCAGUUAUUCAUAGAUCAUUGGUCUUUACCAUACUUCAAUUCAAUUCCUUCAAUUGAGAUUCUGAGAUCCUUGGUAUAAUCUUGUCUUUAAAAAAAAUCCUUUGGGUCUGCAUGGUUGUGGGGCAGAUUAUAUUAUUGACAGUAAUAGUCAUUGAAAGUUUUCUCAAUUCUCUCUGGAGAUAGACAGGUCUCACCCUUAUAUAUAAAGAACCUUAAUUAUAUUGACCACCAGCAGCUGUCAGCUUAUAUUUUCACAACUGCUAUCCAUCACUACCCUUUCCUCUGCCUUGAACGCUGCAGCCCCGCUCCAAGCAUGCACCUUGAGGAGGACACACCCCCAACCGUGGCAUACUAAAUCAACACGCUACCUGCAAAGAUGCUCCCUGGUGUGCUGAACGCUCCUGGAGGAAGUCUUGCACCCAGUCAGACUUUCUCCAUUAUAUAUUCAUAUUGUGUUCAUACAGCGCAGCCCUUGCCAAACAGUCAUACUUUUCCUCUCUCAUUAGUUCAUGCUCCUGCAAUCCCAGGCCUCUCCUUGACACCUUUAACUCUCUUCUUUGCCCUGCUGUGGCAACCCCCCAAACUAAGCUUACAACUGAUAGCUUUGCUUGCUAAUUUACCGACAUGAUUGAACAGCUAAGGAGAGAAUUCUCCCCAUCUUGCCGUUCUCUUUCUCAACCAUGUAGAUCAUGCCUUUCCUACCCUUCAGACUUUCUCCCAGCUACUGAACAAGAGGUUGCUGCGCUUCUCCUUUCCUCUCGCCCCACCACUUGCCCGCUCGAUCCUGUCCCAUCUCACCUUAUCUCUCUCUUUUCUUAUGCCUUCCUUAACACACAACUUUAACUACUCUCUCUCUCUUCUGGUGUUGUCCCUGCUGACUUUAAACAUGCCACUGUAGUACCUAUCCUGAAAAUAACACCUCUUGACCCGUCCUCCCCCUCUAACUAUCGUCCCAUAUCCCUUCUCCCUUUUUUGCUCAAAGCUUCUGGAAAGACUUGUCUUUACCUGUAUCUCUCACUUCCUCAAUUCCAACUCUCUCCUUAACUCUCUUCAGUCUGGCUUCCGCCCUCUCCACUCUACUGAGACUGCUCUUAUCAAAGUUACUAAUGACCUAAUCGCAGCUAAAUCCAAAGGCCACUACUCUAUAAUAGUUCUUCUUGACCUCUCUGCCUUUGAAGAGUUUGAAGAAGGAGAGCAUGAUCAACGGUGUAAAUCACUCAGUCUCUGUGACUCUGUCCUCUCAUGGUUUUCCUCUUAUCUCUCCCAACGCUCAUUCAGUGUCUCCUUUUCUAAUGAUACUUCCUCCCCUCGUCCUGUCUCGUUUGGAGUCCCCAAAGGCUCUGUCCUUGUUCCCCUUCUAUUUUCUCUUUAUACUGCCUCUCUUGGCAAACUUAUUACCUCUUUUGGAUUCCACUACCACCUAUACGCUGAUGACACCCAGAUAUCUCAUUCCUCCCCGGACCUUUCCGCUGCUGUCCUGCAACGUGUCACUGCUUGCCUUUCUUCCAUUUCUGACUGGAUGUCCUCCCGCUUUCUGAAACUCAAUCUCUCUAAAACUGAGCUCCUUGUCUUUCCUCCUCCUAAUACUGAUCAUCCUCUUUCGCUCUCCCUUCAAGUUAGUGGUAUCCACAUAAGUCCAUCCUUGCAAGCGCGCUGUCUUAGCGUCAUACUUGAUUUUGGCUUCACCUUUGAGCCUCACAUCCACUAUUUUGCCAAAUCCUGUAGAUUCCAUCUUAAAAACAUAGCCCGCAUCCGCCCCUUUCUUACGCAAGAUGCUACUAAGGAGCUUGUCCAUGUUCUAGUAAUUUCCUGCAUGGAUUAUUGUAACCCUCUCCUAAUUGGUCUUCCCAAAAGCCGUAUUGCCCCGCUACAUUCUUAAUGAAUGCUUACAUGACAGGAGUCCAUUCAAAGUGCUAACCCAUACCUUUAAGCACUGAACAAUUCUAGCCCCUCUUAUAACUCUUCACAGAUCCAUAAGUAUGUUCCUUCUCGGUCUCUCUGCUCUGCCCGUGACUUUCUCCUGUCUGUUGCUCGCACCCGUACGGUCAACUCACGCUUGCAGGACUUCUCACGGGCAGCUCCCUUCCUAGGGAAUAGCCUGUCUACGCCCAUCAAACUCUUCCCUAGUCUUGCAUUUAUUAAGAAGUGCCUUAAAACCCAUCUCUUUAGGAAAGCUUAUGGCUUCCCAAAGUAACCUCUACCUCACAUACCUGUCUCUUGCUCUCUCCUAAAGGGCAGCACUCUACUCUCUCCUCCAGCUCUGCUUCACUCCCACCUUAUUUGAUUGAUAAUGUGUUUUAUAACCCACCUCCUAUAUACUGUAAGCUUGUUUGAGCAGGGUCCUCUUCAACCUAUUGUUCCUUUAAGUUUUCUUGUAAUUGUCCUAUUUAUAGUUAAAUCCCCCCUCUCAUAAUAUUGUAAAGUGCUGCGGAAUCUGUUGGCGCUAUAUAAAUGUCAAUAAUAAUAUGUCGUUUCCUAAUAUAUUGCAUUUGUAUAUUUCAUAAACGUAAGGGAAUUUCAAAACAAUACAAGCUGUAUACACACAUUCUUCUGUAGGCUUUCCUGCUGUAUUUGAACAUGUGGUAUUCCAGGAUAGGUGUAAGAAUGUGAUCUCCCUGUUUGUUUGUUUUUUGGGGAUAGGGGGGUUGUAUUAUGGCGGAUAGAUGCUGUCCAUCAGUAGAUCAGUACAUUUAUAUAAUGCAUACAAUUAUGAAUAUGUAUGUUUUCAUUUGUGUGUGUAAAAUAUUUAUUCAUCAUCUGCAUCUCUGAUGUGAUUACAGGUUUUUGUCAUAAAGGUGGUGAGAGAGAGCCCUCAUGAAACCUCAUAUAUUCAACGAUCAUAUGAGGAGUUCCAGGAAAUGCACAGCAAACUCCGACUCUUCUUCCCAUCACAGCUCCCAAGGUACCUACCUGCAGCUACUAAGAUUAUACUUCUAAACUACUACAAACUGUACUACAGAGCUAAUCUAAUAUCUCAGUUAUGACAUGUUUUAGUGUAAACAUUCUUGGCAAAGAAAAAUGGUAAAGAUAAACUUAUUCAAUUAUAGUAAUUUUUCAUAUAUUGGACAUCUAUAUUUCCACUUAGAUUUGUGAAUAUGAUUUUGGAAUAUAAUCUGCACAUGCAAAUAAUGACUGUUGAAAUUCUUGAGUUUCCUGAUAUUUUCAUGGAAAGAUCAUAUUAAAGAUGGAAAGUUUGUGUCUCUUUUGUCAAAGAAAAUGCCCAAUCUAUGGUACCAGUAUUUAAUACUUUUCCCUAGAUACAACGUAAAUGAAUCAUGAGUGUUUUUUUCAUAGCUCUACCUAUAAGGAUGACCAUUCAACUUUGUACCUACUAAUGUCACUAUUCCAUCCUUUUCAGUUUCCCCAGCCGCUUUUUGAUUGGGCGUUCUCGUGGAGAGGCAGCAGCCGAGCGCCGGAAAGAAGACUUGAGUGCAUAUGUUUGGCAUUUAAUCCAUGCAACUCCUAAGGUUGCUGAGGUAAGACAUUAGUAGUUCACACUUUUACAGCAGGUACCUGAAUAUAAUAAUAAUAAGUUCUAGGUAAAAUAAAAUACCUGAGAUAAAAGGUAAACUGCCACUUCCCUGAAUUUGUUAUAUCAUGUUUAUUUAUCCCUAUAACAAAUAUCCUUACGAGAUGUAAAAAAUUUAAUGUAGAAAUCCCCCUCUUUAUCCUGCAACUGAUUGUCUUUCAAUCAUUGUUAUAGGUUUUGUCUUGUUGCCUGUCAAUCACUGUUAUGAGCUCUGUUCUUUGUAAGAGAAAGCAUACAGAAAAGAGGAGACAUGAAACAAUGUUUCUAUUCCUCAUCUUCAUUUUGUCCUGCUUUGAAUUGUCUGAGCUGGAUUAUAUAAUUUGCUAAAACAUUUCACAUAAAAUGUAUGAAAAUAAAUGAGAAUGGAGAUUGCAUGGAAAAAAGGUUAUUACAAGUUUUGGAUAAUUUUAUAUUCAACUGUAUAAUUUAAAAGUAACAAUUCCCCUUUAAUUUGAGCACUUUAAGUCAUGCAGUUCCUGCAAAAACCCAAAUAAACUAAUAUAUUUUAACACUAAUUCAGGUUCCACUGUAAUCAUGAGCAGUUGAUAUCCCACAGACUCCUGUUCUGUAUUAAGUCUUAAAUUCCCAUGCCAAUCACACAUGGUGCCACAGCAGUUGUAUUGAUUGAAAAACUAAAAUAGUAACAGGUGAAAAAGCAAAACAGAAGCUCCUACAAGAGUUUUAUUCUAUGAUUGACUUCCAUGAAUGAAAAUGCUUGUGUCAAUGCUGUAUGAUGCAGGUUGAACGGUCAUGUUUUUCAAAAGGAAAUUUAUGGUUACAGGCGCAUGUAAAAUCUCUCAACCAAUACGGUUUCUGUCAUACCUUUCUGUGUCUGUGUGGGAUUUGCAAAUUAAGUUGUCUGCUUAAUACUGUCAUGGCAAACAUGAGAUACCAGGGUUUUCUUUUAUUGACUUUAGUACAGGUGAUGUCAAAAAAAAUUGGCAAUGAAUUAGCUUUUUCAUUUUUUAUUUUUUUCUUCUCAGUUUCAGUUUUUAUUCAGCCAUGCACUGAUUUGACAGCUCAAAUAGAAUGUCAAGCAAUAUAAACAAAAUGUAUCUAGGUGCAAGGGAAACUGAAUUGGUUGUAUUGUUUGUUGUAUUAGUUAUGUAUGUAUAACCGUUAGGCCUGCUGUUCUCUUACAUUAAACUGUUUAGUUGCAUUAACAAAGAAACAAAACAUCAGAUUGAAGGUAAGAGGUUUGGACUACACAGGCACAUUUUAACUCUCAGAUUUGGUCUAUUGAAUUAAACCAUAAUGCUUCAGUGUGAAGCACUUAGAGGGGAGCCUGGCUCCAAUAGACCCCUGCUUCUUCCUGUUGUUUUGUGUCCCUUAUUUUUGUAGUUAGUAUAGGAAACGUAAGUGCACUCAUCCACUUACAUCAUAAAAGAGGGCCUGUCCCUUGCUGAUCCUCUAAUCAUGCACCUUCAGACUGAUCAACUGUGUCAAACAAAAGUGUAAAAUGAUUUGUUUCUCCAAGCACUCAGGGGCAUUAACUUUAUAGUUUAUUAAAGAAGCACAUAAAAAAUAAAACCUUUAUUUAUUUUAUGCUAAACUUGAGUGAUUUCUUUUUAUCUCAGCUUGUGUGUCUGUGGAUUUGACUGAUGCAAAAGCAUAGAAAUUAAUUGUGUAUCAAGGGAGUCCAUAGGAUUCCAUGGAAAAGCAGCUGAUGUAAGUGUGUGUCAUACAGUGUGCACAGAUCACAGUGAUGCUGUUUAUUGCAGGUGUUUCAACAGGUAAAACAGGGCGUGUUUGUAGAAUGCAGCAGGGCGUUAUGUAGAUUUCAUGUUAUUAGUUCAUGGGUGAGCCCUGUUUGAGUUAUUUUACGUAUCUUUCCACCCCACCACCACCACAAACCAUACAAAGGGAUCUCCUUACUUAAGAUCCAGCGUGCAACGAUCUUCAAACUUAGCCAUGACCACCUAUCUGGGGUUUUAUUUUUAGUUCUACGUGGAAGUUACAGGAAUUGGACACACACAGAAAUACGUGAAACAUGAUAAUUCACACGUGCUCUCCCAGCUCUAAGAGCAUGUACAUUCCAUGCCCCAUGAAUAAUUUAGAGUCUUUUCAGUAUGCUAAUGUUAAUUCAAAGGGAGCAUAGAAUAAAGGGUGUAGACCUGAUGGGAAUUUUUAGCCUGGCCACUUUAUUAUGCAAGUAAAGGAGCAAUAUCUUCCUUUUGUUGUUUUUAAUGUACACAGUUGUAAUAAUUGUGUUGUUGAUUGCUUAUAAGCACAAUAAUUGGAGCCAGCUUGAUUGUUUUAAGAUUGUAUUAUGAGGCAGAUUUUGUAGUAAUAUGGGUUGUAAAGAGUGGCUUUCAUUUUAAGGCCUUUUCAAACAAAGAUAUCCACGGGAUAACCAGUUUGUCUGGUUGCUGCAAUUCAAUCUGGUUAAGUUAGCCUGCUAUUAAAAUAAUUCGGCUGCUCCUAGCAACCUGUGUUUGGUGAUCAUUCAUGUCAGAUUUGGCUGCAGAAUACAUUUCACAUAUCAAAUGUGCCUAACUUUAUUGUAGGCGAGAUUAUCUGGAGAGGGGGUAUAGUUUAUCAAGUGUGGGUCAAAGAUUUUUCCUCUUGUUCCCGUGUCACAUACCAAUACAGUUGGAAUUAUUAGACACUAAUUAAACAACUGCAUUUAUGCAAAAUUAGUCUGUGCAUAUAAAGAGCCAGUUUUCACAUGCACAAAACUGGUCCUCCAGCAGUGACCCCCCUUCCCCACAAAAAAAGCAAAAGAUGGGCCACAGGCAUGCAUUUAAAAAUGUUGCUCUUUAAUUAUUUGAAGAGACAUCCCCCGAAAAUAAGCCCUAGCUUAUUUUCAGGGGAUGCUCGUAAUAUAAACCCUACCCCGAAAAUAAGCCCUAAUCGCUAGUUCACUAAUCUAUCCCGAACAUAGAUUCGCAGGACUCCAUUUGUAAGUAAGCUAAUCUAUAUUUGGAAAGGUUUCCCCAAACAUAGAUGCACAGGAUUCCAUGCCCUAGUGAUAUACUCUAUGUUCGGAGGAAUUUCCUCAAAUGUAGACCUGUUUUUUUGCACAUGCUUGCUACCGUUUCCCCUCGAAAAUAAUCCCUAGUGCAUUUUUCUGGGGAAAAAUUUAUAUAAAACGGCACUCUGAAAUGGUAAUGUGUUGGAGUGUAGCAUUAUUACAACGCUGUAACCUUUUAAUAUGGCCAAGUUAACUAGGGCAAAGGUUAGAACUGUGGUUGGGGGUUUUAGGUAUAGUGCCAAAGAUGACUCUGGGUAAACGUGGUAUUUUUAGGGUUAGGGAGGUGAUCUGGGUUAAUGGGUACCAGCCUACACAAUGUUUUUAGCUUAGGUUGUUGUUUGUUGUGUUUUUAGUGUUAGGGGUAGCUUAGGGACCAACCUACACAAUGCAAUUGGCUGUAACUCCUAUAUUUCUCUGCCUGACACCUACGUGAGAGUGAUAGGCCCUGCAUCUUUAACUCUAGGUUUCCCUAUUUUUGCUGCAACGAUACAGGAUUUUUGCAGUGUACCUUUCACUGUGAUGCUUUUCAUAAUUUUAAAAAGAGACCUACAGCAGCGCGGGCGUAUUUUAAUGUGACAAAAUGAAAGCAUUUUUAUGAACCCUUUUAAAAUAUUUAGUUUGUGUUUGGUUCUCCGCUGUUCUGCAGAAUAUAUUUUGAAAGUCAAUAAAGGUGCCUUUAUGUAUUUCUCUUGGUCAUGAGCCAAUUAAAUUCAAUUCUAGUUUCCAUAUUACUGUGUGUUCUCAGAACUGCUGAUUAGUGGUUAAUGUUUUACCUUGGGCACCUGCUAGUUUAAGCGCAUUGUCUAUAGUUCACUGUUCAUGAUAUUUGUGCCAGUUAAUUAUGUGGAAUCUAAGAGAAAACAGAUGGGCAGGAGAUUUUUUAAAUUAGCAUUUUGUCCAUGCAUUUGCUGUAGAUUAUGUUUGUAGAUAUGUUUGUGUGCAAGGUGCAGUUUUAUUUUUUUUGGAGUGGGGGAUGUGCACAUCUCAUCGUCAAGAGUCUGCCAAAACUAUACUGAAAAAAAAUUAAUUAGGGGUGCUGUGACACUGAGAUAGAGUUCAUGUUAAAACCACUGCAAUCAUGAUUGGGUUUUUUUGUGAUCGGUUCUGAAUUCCCCUAAUUCAUUCUCCCCUGGUGUAGAGAUCAUGUAAAUGCUGUGAGUUUAAAUGAAAACAAAAAUGCAACCAAAAAACUAAAACCGGGAAUAAUGUCAAAUGUGGAAAGGAAUUACUAUGCCAUUGCGUUCUUCCUGGUAUGUCCUAACAUUCUUAGUGUAUCUAGCUGUAUUCAUGUACUGGUGUAUUGAGGUUCUAUCUUGUGAAAUUGAUAUAUGCUUUUAUUUUUUUUUCUGCAGUGUGAUCUGGUUUAUACAUUUUUCCACCCCCUUCCCCGUGACGAGAAAAAUGGCAGUAACACUAUAGCCCAAAGGCCUUCAGGUAAACUUGCAACAGACACAGGUGGAAUAAUGUAAUGCUCUAGGUGGAACAUUAGCUGAGCAUGUGACAGGGGUCCAAAUGAACCCACAUUCAUUACCUCUCACAGCACUUUGUAAAGACUGCAUGGAAUCUGUUCCCACAAUAUCUCAAACAAAAAUGUUACAUUUCCAAUCAUACAAUGUUUUUCAUAUGGCAGACUGAUCUAACAUUGGAAGGCAUUUUUCAAAAACCAUACUUGGCUUGGAUGGAACAUAAUUCUAACCACUCUUGCCAUGGAUACAUCUAGUACAAAACAUGUCAAAUACUGUAAUUGUUAAUGGAACACUAUAGGGUCAGGAAAACAAAUCAAUUCCUGAUCCUUUAGUGUUAAAAUCACAAUCUGGCCCCCUAAAUAUUUCACUCUGCUGGUACUCACUCUGCCCAUGAUCUGCCUCAUUGGCUGACAUUAUCAGAAGUGAUGAUCUGAGCCAAUUACAAUGCUCUUGGAUUGCCAAAGAGGUGUGACGGGGCGGAGCCAAAUGCCACCCUAUCCAAUCUCUGUCUAUUCAUAGAGAUGCAAUGAAUCAGUGCAUCUCUAUGAGGAAAGUUUAGUGUCUCCAUGCAGAGGGUGGAGACACUGACUGUGCCCAGGUAGCACCUCUAGUGGCCAGUGGAGGUGUCCCAAGGCUGUAGUGUAAACACUGCCUUUCUCUGUGUUUACUGGAAAAAGACUAACGUUAUACUCACCAGAACAAAUACAAUAAUAAGUGUUUGUAACAAUAAAUCAGUUUUUCCUCAUCUAUUAGACAUCAUUCAUAAUUUGCCUUAGACACUGAAUUGUUUCGUUUUUUUACAAGCAGUAUUUGAUAUUUUUUCUUUCUGGUUUGGUUGUGUUUAGUUUGUAAUAUUCUGUAUGUUUUUCAUAAAAUUUUGAUUUUGUUUUUCAGAUGCAACAUGGGCUGUUCCUGUAGGCACAGUUGGAGGGGAGAUCAAACUCUCAAUAUCAUACAAGCAAAAAAAGCUGUUAAUCAUGGUGAUGCACAUCCGUGGUCUGGUAAUUAUCUAUUUUUAUGUCUUUUAUCCGUCUGGUUCUGUGUUCAUGCAUGUAUUAGUUAAAUAAGGCUUGCUCGUAAAUAUCUAAUUAUACUUUGCUAGAAUAAUAUUCGCAGUUUAGCAAGGAUGGGUUAGAAGAGGCCGUUGUCUAAUUUACAUGCAUAUUUCUAUAUAAUUAUGUAUUUUCUUAUGAUAUACAAAUUUUCAUGCCUAAGUAAGAGUAAAUCAACCUGCUUGCUCUGUUAAUCUCUAAAAGAAGGGCUGAGUGUUUAGAGAAAUCUGAAUUUAAAGCUGCAGGAACUGACUGAUCCAAUUGCAGUUAGUUGUGUAUGUUAAUUUGCUAUUUUUGUGUUUUUGCUAUUAAAAUCUAUCUGGCCUUCAAAUUCUAGUCAGUGGGAAAAAUAUCAAAAACAAAACAAAAGAACUCAAAACAAAAUUAAACUUCAGAUAAAACAUAAUAAUAUACUUAGUUUUAGCCAGUACAGAAAUGGUGUGCCAUUUUUUUUUUAAAAUAAUUUUUUAUGCUUGGAAAAUUGAGGUCUGGAAAGUACCUGGAACAUUGCUUUUAUUUGUUAGGACAAUGUAUUGCAUUGCUGUUACCUACCACAAAGGGCGUCUUGAAAUGUUCACAUAUAUUUUAAGGCUUUUUUUUUUUUUUAAAGUGUGGAACCUGAUCUAAAUAAUAUGUAAUUCUGAAGCUCUAACUUUUACUUAAGAAUAAAAAGUUUAAAAAUAACAUGCUACAAAUGAUAAUUGAAUCAAACUUUUUUUUUAAUUAAACAGCCUUUGCAGGAUAACAACGAGCCAAAUCCUUAUGUGAAGAUUUACCUCUUGCCCGAUCCACAGAAAACCACAAAAAGGAAAACCAAAGUAGCUCGUAAAACAUGCAACCCAACAUACAAUGAAGCGGUACGUAACUGCUUUAAACACACAAUGCUAAUUUUGCUUCUGAAGUGUGAAUGGAACAUACUGUAUGUACACUCUUCAGCCAAAGAACAAUGUCCAAAUAUGGACAAAAUUAAUGGUGCUAAAGCAUAAUACAGUUUGUAAACACAGUAUAUUUCAAAUAAUACGCCUUGCUUUAUACUUAGCACUAGUUGCUAACACUCUGACUGAACUGUAACAGAAAAGAUGUGAGUAAGUAUAUAUCUCAGUAUCUUUAAAAUGGGAUACAUUGUGAGGCUUAAAGAAAUAAUACCGAUUUUUUAUUUAUUUAUUUAUUUAUUUUCAAAUUUAUUUAUUUUAUUAUUAUUAUUUUUAUUUUUUUUUAGUUAAUUUAUUUAUUUUGGUAUUGUGGAUCUGGCGAUAAUUCCUGGCAUGCAAGCCAGUAUACAUACAAUCACAGUAUCAUGGCAGUUAUGUCACAACAGUGAUAACAGUGGAAUGCACAAUCAGAGUAAAGAGAAGUAACAGAAAACAAACAAUCUUGUGAUACUUACGAGUUUACUAUGGUAACUAGCGAAAAGGGUUACUUUACGACUAUUGUUCGUCACAAAGCAUUUCCAGGGGAAUCUGGAAAAACCUUGCCCAGGGUAAUAAAACUGAUUUUAAUGAACAUAUAUCCUAUGAUGAAAAAAACUAUUUGACAGAUCUCAACUGAUCAUAUGUUAGAGUUCCAAUGUAAAUGAUGCUGUUUGCUAUUUGUUCCCAGGUUUCUAAAAUUAGUCCAUGUGUGGUUUAAUUCAGCAAUCCAAGCUGUAAAUGCAAACAACAGUCUCUGUCCUGCUUUUCUCCCACUGAAUUAUCAGGAUGUUUACUUAUCAUAUAUGAAAAAAUUAUUUUUAAGUAGUUACGAAAAUAUAUGUACAAUGAACAAUUUAAAUAAGAGGUUUCUCAUUUACACCUUUUAAUGACGUGGAAUAUCUCAGUUGAUCUUAUUGUCAGUGUAAGCUUUAUAAGUCAGUAUCUGCCUUUGAAAUGUGAAAUAAUUUGCCCAAUUUACUAUGUAAUUUAGUAGCAUUACAUAUGUUCACUACUUAAAGCGUUACACCAAUCACCAUGACCACCUAAUUAAUUUGAAGUGGUCAUGGUGGUAGGAGCCUGGAUAUGCACUAUUUCUGCUUAAAACACUGCACAUCCAGAGUAAUUAGCACUUUUGUGCCCUGAGCAAGUUGCACCCCCAGCACACGUGAUGUCAAUUCUGUGCAUAUUUUAAAUAUAUUGCCAGCUCACAUUGCAUGAUGGCAACAGACAUAAAAAUCUUCGUCAUUGCAGGCAAAGCUUGUUAUCCCCUCUCACUGGGCGCUCCCUCCAUCACUUAGAUAGGGUUUUGUUUUUCUUUUGCUUUUACAAUUUCCCUCCCCUCGUCGGCUUAGAAUGCAUUCUGACACAAAACAAAAUGCCAUACUCUAAAACAUGGUUAUAGAGAAUUUUAUGUUCUCUAAUUUUUACAAAACAAAAUUGUUACCUGCACACUAUCCUAAAAAAAAACAUUGUACCUAUUGUACCUAUUACAGCAAUUGCCAUUAAACUGGUGGCUAACCUGACAAUGUCAAAGCAAAAACUUGUUAUGUUACUUACUAAUCUCAGAUAAUAUUUUGUGUUUCUUAUGGGCUUUUUUUUUUCUUUCUUCUAAACUAUCCUAAACAUAAUUACAGUUGGUAUAUGAAGGAAUUCCUGAAGGAGAUCUACAACAAUGUGAAAUUCGACUUUCUGUGCUGAGUGAGGAAGGCUUCUUUGAAAAUAUUCUGCUUGGAGAAGUCCGUAUCCGCUUAAGAGAUUUGGAUCUCAGUUGUGAAAAGAAAUGCUGGUUUCAGUUGGGUUCUCACAGCCAAGCAACUAUUUAA